CUCCUCAGUACACAUAGAAGCCAUCAGAUUUGGGAGGAUCUCGCUGAUCAUAAUACUACAAUUCGGAGUUUUCUAUGAAGACGGUUUAGGAGAUGUGUGACCAUGUUAGAGAAUGCAAUGACGGAAGCACAGUUCUCACUCAAAAUGGCCGCCCUGCAUGUUAUGGAUUUACCUCAGUCCUUGUACAACUCUUUAUCACAGCUAAGAUCUUCCCCUGGUCUGAAAAAGAUUGUUGCAGUAACCGCUGUCAGCGCAAUUUCUCUUCUUUUUCUUGCCCAUCAUUUUAAAAGAAGACGAGGAAAAAAGAAAAACAAAAUCCCCGCGUGGGAACCCACCCAUCUUCUAUUAGAAUGCACAAAAAAUUCUGCUUUAGAAAAAUGUUCUAGUUGUUCUAGCAGCAGACAAAAUUUAACCCUGUCUCUGAGUUCCAUGAAGGACAAGGGAUUACAGUCAUAUAUUAAUGGAGGAUUGAACAGUAAAUUUUCCAGUUCAGUGCAGAGCUUGAAUUCAGUUCGAAGCAUUAACUCCUCCCACAGCUGUGCCUGUGUCGCUUCCAGUUCUUGGGACAGAGCCGAUGAAGAAGAUAUGAAGCUUAUAAAUAUUCCUGUCACCACACCAGAGAACCUAUACCUGAUGGGAAUGGAACUAUUUGAGGAAGCUUUGCGUCGAUGGGAGCAAGCGUUGACCUUUAGAAACAGGCAGGCUGAAGAUGAGGCUCACUGCAGCUCCAUAAAGCUGGGUGCAGGAGAUGCUAUCGCAGAGGAGAAUGUGGAGGAUAUCAUUAGUGCUGAAUUCAUUCAUAAACUUGAAGCUUUGCUGCAACGCGCUUAUCGACUUCAGGAGGAGUUUGAGGCCACUCUUGGCGCAUCAGAUCCCGCUUCUUUGGCUAAUGACAUUGAUAAAGAUACGGAUGUCACAGUGAUGGAUUACAAUGGAGAUAAUGGACUGAGAGACACCUUAAGCAUCGCUUCAACAGACUCAUUUGUUUCAGCUGCUGAGCUUUCAGAAAACAGAGAUCUGCGCACAACGUGUGGCUUUGAGUCUCUUAAUCACAGUCCCUUAUACGAAGAAGCAAUGCAUUUGGCAGAGGAGGGAAAAGUCUACUGCAGAGUGCUGAGGACUGAGAUGUUAGAUUGUCUGGGAGACAGCGAUUUCCUUGCUAAGCUUCACUGCAUACGUCAGGCUUUUCAGGCGAUUAUUUCACAAGCAGAGAACAGACUGUUUUUAAUGGAGGCUGGAAAAAAAAUUCUGAGGACGCUGCUUGUCAAAGCAAGAAAGAAUCCAAAGAAGUUUGAAGACGCCUAUGAUGACAUGAUGAGUUUUUUAGAACAACCAGAAACAUGGGAUAACAUAAAACUGGAACUGGUAACUAGAGGGGUAAAACAUAUGAAUUUCUAUGACAUUGUUUUGGACUUUAUAAUAAUGGACUCUUUUGAAGACCUAGAAAAUCCACCUUUAUCAAUACAGAAUGUUGUUAAAAACCGUUGGCUUAACUCCUCCUUCAAAGAAACGGCUGUGACAUCAAGCUGCUGGUCAGUCCUAAAGCAAAAGAGGCAACAGAUGAAGCUUCCUGAUGGCUUUUUUGGACACUUUUACUCGGUCUGUGAGCAUGUAAGUCCAGUGCUAGCCUGGGGAUUUUUAGGACCUAGAAACCCGCUUCAUGAUCUUUGCUGCUUUUGUAAGGAUCAGACUCUGUCUUUCUUGAAAGAGAUCUUUGACUUUGAAAAGGUUCGCUAUUCAAACACAGAAAGUUUGUCAGAAGACAUCUUACAAACCCUGCACUGUCGUAUUGAGGUGAUGGCGGCUUAUUUGGGAGCGGAGUCUGUCAAAACCAGUCGUUCUUUGCACUCACAAUGUAAAAGCACAAUAACAUAAUUUUUAUUUAAAAGUUUUGUUUAAUAGAGAACAUGGCUGAUUCUAUACUGACAGGCAAAGAAGCCCACUGACUAUGUGCCAAACUGGCCAAGCAACGCUGUAUAAUAUAUAUAAUUACGCCCUAAAGCUGCGUUUAUUUCAACAACAAAA